AUGAUACAUUUGGAAUGGAUUUGGAAAUUUAUCGUUCGAUAUACAACGUUCAUCCUGUAUACUCAGUUUGAGAUAUUUGUAAGUAAUUAAAUUAUACAUUGUAUCACACGGUACGAGUUUCGUUUCGUUUCGUUUCGUUUCGUCAAAGCGAUCGUUCUUAUCCUAUAUUACGUUAAGAUUUCAUUCGAUUCAACUCGAAACAAAUUUCAACGAAACUGCAAUUUUUCGAAUAAAUUUCGAAUAAAGACGCGCAUAUAGUCGGCAAAUUAAAGUAGUCGUUAAAUUAAAUUAAAUUAAAACAAUUUGCGUAUUCAGCAUACGCUGAAAAAAGUUGAGAUUUCUUUCAAGGAAAUUCGCAAGAGUACGUCGCACGCGUACUCACGUUUCGAUCAAUGAAAUUAUUGAAACAAACGUAAACAAACUUGUGUUUUAAACGUCGUAUCGAUGAAAUUUUAUUAUUUACUUUUACACGUGGUCGAAUCGAUUACAAAUCACGCUUUACUUACGUUUAAAUAUUCGAUUACACAUUGGCAACAAGUUCGUUCUAUCUUGACUCGAAUAAUUUUUGAUUUAAAACAACUUUACUACGAACAACAAAUUGACGAAAUAACAACGAAAUAACAACGUGGUAGGAAUAUACAGCGGACAAAAAUACUAAAGAAAGAAGCAACGAUACUAAAAAAAAAUUACAAAUACCAUAUAGGAAUAUGCAAUUUCUCUUCAUUCACUUGUAUCGUCAACGAUAUUGUGAUAUCACGAAGUAGUCGAGAUAAAUUGAAACUGAAAUAGUUUUAAAUUUAGUUUAUAGCAAAACACUACUAGCGUGUUGAAAUUGGCGUUAACAUUUGGUUUUGUACAACGUAUAUGCACAUAUAUACGUACACGCAUCUAUUUACAUCAUUUUGUUACAUCGGUGGCAAUACGUAACACAUACAAGAAGAAACAAGAAAGAAAAAUAGUUUUUUUUUUUGUCACAGUUACCUUUAUUCCUUAGUACUAGAAUGCAUUUUACCCUAUUUUACCCAGAUUACCCACCAGGAUUGAUCCGUAUCGAUCUGUAAAAUUCUAGCUUAUUACUUUAUCAACAAAAUUUAAUCAAGCAACUAAUUGAUUUUUCCAUGUUCAGAAUACCGUAAGCUCCGCGAGGACAAGCUUCUCCUGUUUGAACAAAACUGCUGGUUUCUACGCAGAUAUUAAUGCCAGUUGUAAAAUAUAUCACACUUGCGACGAAUAUGGAAAUAAAUUUACUCACCAAUGUCCCGAGGAAACUGCUUUUCGACAAGAUGCUUUGAUAUGCGAUCACGCUCAUCUCGUGCAAUGUCAGGGAAACGCUCUUACUAAUACGAAAGAAAUACGUAUCAAAGAGAAAGAGGGCGAUAAUUCUGAUGGAAAAAACUCAGAGACGAUAGAGAAGAAUCACGACUCUUCGUUUUCUCACGCGACACAACCAAGGAAAACGAACAACGGGCAAAGACACGGAUCCGUGUUUGACGCAACACAUCUCUUUACGAAUCCGAAUAAGACAAGAAUCGUACCCAUUGAAAAAUAUACGACAAGUUCAUUCUCUUCGUUUGACUAUGCCAACUCUGCUGCUACAAGUAAUCCUGUUGAUUGUUCUACAAAUACUAGUAGAAUGCAACCUGCGCACGAUGAGAACAACGGAUCGAGAAGAAACGAAGAUCGUUCCAUUCGAAGCGAAACAGAUAAACUUGACGAAAAGUCAACGAGAACAAACAACGAUUAUCGAAAAGAUUAUCCAUAUCGAAGAAUAAACGAUGCUGCUUUGUACAAAACUAGUCGAGAGAAUAACAUAAACUAUCAAGCUACGAAGAAUCCUAUGGAUCUUGCGAAAUUGCCAUCUACGAAUUACAGAAAUUAUCCGUAUUUAGAAACGCUGAAAUCUAUACAAAAGAAUGCAAAAGUUGCUUCUACCACAGCCCAUACCCCUAGUGGUAGUAUAGCCAGUACAAGCGUAACUAUCACAGAAUUACCCGUACACGCUUUAACAUUGUCUUUAAAACCUUUAAUACCAAGCGAACCAGAGUACGAUCCUUACUAUCCGACGAAAUUUUCAACAACGACAGAAUCUUAUUACACCACUUUCACGCACAAUGCGAAAGCAUGGUCUCACGUUGGAAACUCUACCACCACUCUACAAAUAUCGCGGUCGACUAUUCAUCUUAAACUUCCAUCAGUUUUACCAGAUUUAAAUUCUUUAGACGACAUUGUCGAUCGUAGAAAGCUACUUUAUAUUCCACGACGUACCACGGCACACGCACAACCAAGUACGUAUCUCGGACCGGAAUUAGCAAUAAUAUUGGUAAAACCGACUAAUAAUAACGACAGUAAUAAAAUAACCAACAGCUAA